CGCGAGUUCGCGACGUAUCGAAAGAUCCCUCGAGACUCGAUGUAUCGGUCGCUUCGAGAUUCGACGCACCGACCGUUUCGAGAGAUCGAUGCAUCGAACGGACUAUUUUUAAAUAUUCAGCACGGCCAGAAAAUUCGAAUGCAACGCGAUUAAAGGAAAGAAACAUCAUCGACGCCUCGUUGUACAUUAAUGACCGUUACAAACGAUGCAUCGAGGCGCACGGUAUAUCGGAAUUGAACUUGAACGCGUACAAUCGAAGUCGGAGCUUCGACCGCGUCAGGGUAUCGAUAUUCGUGAACGUGAAUUACGUUUCCGACGGUUGCUGGUUACAUACGCAUGUUCGUCCUCGCCGUUCCUGAUGUAGAAACCGAGCCGAUCGCCAGGUCGUCUGUGCACAGUCGUCGGAACAAAGAUGCAGACGCUUUGUUGAUCAGACUCUCCGGAUAAACGAGGAUCCUUUGCUGUACGGAAUAUUCUCGCUCGUUCGCGAUCAGCGGAACAUAACCUACAAAACGGACCGAGGUUUUCGCUGGAAGAAACUUUUUGGAGUAACGUGAUUGCCGUGAUUUAUACAGAGUGAGAGCGACGUUAUUUAUGUUUAACUGACGACAAAGUUAUCGACGGAAAGCCGAGUAAAGGGGAUACGAACGAUGUACACGGUACAGUUCUCCGGUUUGUUGCUGAAACGGUACCAUAGAGGUUACGUUCAGACUGGUACCAGAUUAACACCUUCCUUCCGGCAUUACGGAAAUUAUGGGAAAUUCCGCGAAUGCCCGAAGAAGAUAAGCCUCUGGCUCAGAGAACGGAGCGGUCGUGUGGCCGAAGCUUGUGUCCGUCAGUUCGAAUUUAUCGCUGCGCAACGGUUACGCAGGAGCUUGCAAAUAUUCCAUUUGCGCGCGCGUAUGUGGGAGAAGGUUGUGCUCAAAGAGUUUAUGAAGUCCUGGAGGAAUCGUUCUCUCAGGAAUAGUAAACGUCUCUUAACUAGCACUAUCGGUGUGACAGUGUUUAAUUGGGAGCAUGAGAGAAUAAGCGACGAAGAGUUGAAUAGUUACAAGCAGGAAAUCGAAGGGAUUUACAAGUUGCGAGACAGCACUGUGGUUUGUCCGAGUUGUCAGCUGAGAAUCGUGAUAGAUGUUCAACAGCCAGGCAUCAAAUAUUGUACGUGUAGGGAUAAGAUCAGCGCAUCCUCCAACCAAGACCCGGAUGGAUGGAGGCCGUACAUCGAACGAGAAGAUAUGCUCAUAUGGAGAAGGAAAGAACCCAAUGCCGGGGGAUUGUACGCGUACAAAGUGUACGGUUCAUUCGCAGACGUUACCGCUGAGGACUUCCUACAGACGCAGAUAGACGUCGAUUACAGAAGGAACUGGGACCCGACUGCUCGGGAAUUGCGAGUCAUAGACACAGAUCCGAUGUCGGACCCGACCGGCACCGAUCGUUCCGACAUCUUAUACUGGGAAACGAUAUGGCCAAGAUUAUUCGCGAAUAGAGACUACGUGUAUCAAAGAAAAUGGGUCGUCGACAAAGACAGGCGGUUGAUAAUUAUCAUCAGUAAGGGAACCGAACACCCCGACGCGCCGAUCAAACCAGGGAUAUACAGAGUCUCGACGUAUUGGUCAUACAUGGUGAUAAGGCCUUAUACAGAAUUCCACGAACCUGGCAUUGAAUUUGGAUUGACCUACUUCGACGAUCCCGGUGUAAAUAUUCCAACCGCGGUUACUGCGUGGGUCGCGAUGACAGGGUUACCGGACUUUUUAAUCCGUAUGAGAGAGGCGUCGAAGAAUUAUCAACGUUACAAGGAGAGUUUGGACUCGUUCAAUACUAGUUACGUUUCCUUGAAAAUGGAGAAUGUCCAGGAGGAUAAAGUUCCUGAAUGUUGUGCUCCGAAUUUGGAAAGGGACGAAACGCUGCGGAAGGAGGUGACCGCUAGUGUUACGGAACAGACGGAUAUGUUCAAGUUCAAAGAAGACCAGCCACGGGAAGAGAACGACGCGGAGGAGGAAGACGAAGAGAACGAAGACGGUGUAAGUUCAACCAAGGAAUGUAGAGGGUUAUUAGGUUAUUUUUUCCUUGCGAAAUUGUUCGCAUGGUAGGAACAAAUUGAUUGCUGUCGGUAGAAUGAUAUUAACGCAACCCCGGAACGGGCAGAAAAGUCGGAAUCAACGAUACUCGCGGACCCGAGUGAAUGUGGUGUAUGCAUAUUUGCCCUCGUUUCAUCGCAUUAUUGUGUCUAUAUAAUUGCCAUACUGACGCACAUGUCUAUACAUACACGAAUAUCAUACGGAAAUACCAGAUAGCAUUUUGCAUUCGAACAGAACUCAUUUCUCUGUCGUAUAUUUACCAACUUCGAUCUUCGUCAUUUCGAACGAAUCUCGACUCAUUCUCGUAUGUAUGCACAUGAACAUCUCGUCGGAGGAUUUUGCGGAAUAAACUUUGUUAGACAACAAAUAACUGGAAUUGUACAAAUCAAAAUAUUUUGUUGUAACAGUGUAUAUACUAUAAUUGUAGUAUAAAUAUAGAUGUAUAAAAUACUAAACUUAUUUAAUAUACACAUGCAUGCGCGCGAAUUUGUCAUACGUAUCGUACAUUUAUAGUUGUUAUAUAUAUGUAUAUAUAUGUGGUGAGUGGAUACAUGUGUGUAAUGUGUGUGCUCGAUGUACACAUACGUAUACAUAUUAUAUGGUAUAAAUUUUAAUUGAACAGUCCACACAACGCAACACUGCACAAAGCAACUCUUUACACUCCGAUAAACAAACUACGGAAGCAGCUGUGUACAAAUCGUUUUUAUAGAAUUUGGGCAACAGUUGCGUGUCGUGUACCUGAAACAACGCAUUUCACUGAACUCUAUUUCCAUGUGUGUGUAUGUUUUCAUUCUAUAAAAGCCUAUUUUUUUUUUAUUGUUACCUCUAUCCUAAUAAAAU